CACACUCCUCCCACUCCCUCCUCCCCUCUCCUCCCCUGCCCUCCCCUCUUUUGCGCGCUGGCUGGCGAAGAGAGAGAGAGAGAGAGAGUGUGAGGGAGAGCCGCAACCCGCCGUCUCUCCGCGCACCUCCGCUAGCUCUCCGCUCGUCCCCGGGACACAGGCGACACGGUCUUUCAGAAAACCUCCUUCCUUCCGCCGGACCGGAGCCCACCUCUGCUCUCUCUCUCUCUGUCCGCCCCCCCCCCCUCCCCCGGCUCCAGAUUGGAUCUGAUCAGCAGAGUACUCCCAAACUUCAGCGGCAGUCAUACUGCAGUCAGACACCAAAAAAGGCUCCCAGGUUUGUAUACCGUACCAUGAUGCAUUCGUGUCACAGCUCUAACGCAGUGUUUAAUGUGUGAAAAAUCUGCAUACAUCUGCAUGUCUUUGGCUAAUAAAUGUAUGUGUAAUUGAUUUUUUUUUUUUUUGAGACAAAAUUGGUGGUGCUAAGGCGCUCUUUGACAAGAAAUUAAGUGAUAAUGCUGCAUUGCGGGGCAGGAAGGAGCUCUUCUAAUUACAUUUCUGUAAGCCUGUUUGAAAAGCGUAACCACAGAAGAAAUCCCUGUCAGUGCUGGAAGUGUGCUUCUCCCUAAUUAACCAUCCACAUGCUCUCAUUUGACACAUAAUCUCGCGCUGUGAGUCAGGGUUCACAGCCUGGCGGUGAUUACUGCCCGCAUUGCAGAGAGUCAUGACGAAGCAUUAGGACUGAUCCACUGACCCAGAACCCCUUCCUGUUUCCACCAGUUAUCUGUGUUAUAUACACGGACAAACAUGGAGCAAAUCAUUUGCUUGAAUUUCACCCCUCAAUAAGCCUCUUCAUGUAGCACUGGAGCUGAGUGCCUUGUUCAAGGGAUCAUCAGGAUGCAAACCUAUGACCAUCUGGUUCAAUAGUUUGAGCAAUUUGGCUACGUGCUACUCGUUUUGCAGAACCUUGCAUAUGUAAUGCAAGGUACAAUUUUUGGCAAUAUCUCAGUAUUUAUUGUUAUGUGUUAAUGUUUAUUUAAAUGGCUACUAUGUCAUUUAUUAUGGGCAUAUUACUAAUGAUGUUGUUGUUUCAUUUGAUUGUAUUAUUAUUAAUGAAAACAAGUUAUAAAGUCAUAAGGGAAUAUUUAAAGAUAUUUACAGGGAUGCAUUAGACUGUCCAGUCUUAUACAGUUUGUCAGUGUAACACUAAUAAGGGGGCAGUAUAAAUGACUCACCCUCUUGGCUCUCAUUGCAGACCUGCUCUAUCAAUCUCCCGUGCAGGUGUGGAUCUGAGGCUUUUCAAUUUGCUUCCGUAUCCACUGGUGACCUGCUGAGCUCCAGUGGAGAAGAGGCCUGCAUCUGCACUGACCACCGCUCACCACUAGGGGAUUCUCAGUCCUCCACUUUGUAAGCAGUAAGGAGUGCCCCCCUCUCGCCCCAGUCGUGAUGGCGGACGAACGGCAGCCCCAGGACAGCGGUCCGCAGUGGGUCCCCCCCGGAGCCCAGGGCCAGGCGCCCCCUGCUGGCCACAGCGAGAACGGCUACUCUUCCUACAGAAGCUGCCAGCCCGGAGAGGGCCCCGCCUCUGGCCCCGCCUCUGGACCCGCCUCAGGCCCCGCCUCCGGCUCCGCCUCCUAUUCUGCCACCAAAGAGAACGGCUUCAACGGGGACAUGACUGGUGGACACGUGGUGACAGCUGUGGACGACUCGGCCAACCUGCCCCCCUCCCCUCCGCCCUCUCCAUCCGCUGAGCAGUUCGGACCCCUGGAACAAGACGUAGGGGACGAGGAGGAGGCACGCCCUCUCCAACGCUUCCAAAAUUCUCGGGAGAGGUGCAAGUUCCUCGCCCCCUCCAUCUCGGUGUCAGUGCCCGAGGAUGAGCCCUCCCGCUCUGACGAGGAGUUCUUUGAUCACCCCUUGUUCAGCCCCGAGUGGACGCGGCAUGGCUACUGCCCCACGGGGCAGGCCGCCGCCUUUAGUCAGAUCGAAGAGGAACAGUCCAUAGAGGCUCUCACAGAAGCUGAGGAGGAAGAGGAGACUGCAGACGCAGACGCUGCUCCUGAGGAGCGAGAGCAGCAGGGGAGUGGGGAGGAACCUGAGCAGGGCCCCGAGGCGGAGCCCGUAGAGCAGGCAGAGAGCUUAGGCGAGGCCCAGGCUCGGCCCUGUCCGCAGGCCGAGACGGCUAGCGCGCCCGCAGAAGCCCUCGAAGGGAGGGGCAAUGAGGCAGGGUUGGAGAAGUGUCCCGAGGAAGCCCCGAAGACGGACGAAGGGAAGCCGGACAGCAUGCAGGCUGCCGCUGCCCCCGCCGCCUCGGACUUUGCCGAGAAAGGUUUGGAAGAACCCUCCGCCUCGGUCUGCCCAGCACCGCUCACUUCAGAAAAAGAUAAAGAAGAUCCCUGCAAACCUGCUCCAGAGAGCCCAGGCAAUGGUCAGAAACACCCUAAGGAGGCCACGGAACCAUCCUCUAAGCAGCCUGACAAACCAUCCCAACAGCCCACUGACCAAUGGAAGGGGGAGGAGAUGGCUGACACCUCCAAAGUAAGCUCAGACGAAGAGGACAAAAUUGCCCCUAAGGUCGCAGCCGAAAAACAGGCCUUUUUGGAGGCACCUAUAGGGAGGGACAGUCGGGACAGCCAGGAUGAGGAGCAGAUGAGAACGGAUGCCGAAUCUCAGAGUAUUAGCAGAGAAAAGGAGAAGGAAGUCAAAUCUGAUGAUGAAAUGAACAAGGACAAGGAAAUGAUAAUGGUAGUUGGAGGCAAGGAAACUAAGGACACUAAGGCAGAGGAAUUGAGUGAAAGGAUGGAAAUGACACUGAGUUCAGAUUUUAAGGAGAUGGAAGCCCGUCAGGGAACCUCUAUUGUCAAACCUGCAGAAGUGUUUGAAAAGCUGGAGGCAAAGGGUCAUUCUGUCCCGGAGGACACCAAAGGCGAAGUGGAGAUCUUUGAUCAAGGAAAAGCCAUCGGCGAAAUGGAGGAUUUAAAUUUGCACAUGGACACCGUUGACCAGUCGCAAGAUUUAGACAUUGAACAGGACAAAUCGGGAAUGUCUGCCUACUUUGAGACGUCAGCCCUGAAGGAAGAUGAUGAUAGGGGGCAGGAGGAAGGAUAUUAUCAGCUUAGCGAUGCCAGAGAGAAGAUUUCUGUACCAGUCGCAGCUCCUUCACACCCCGAAAUGGGGUACACCACACUGGCACAACCACCAUCCCCAGAAUGGGAUGCAAGGAUGAGCCCUUUGGAAGAGCACCGGUCCAUCCCAGUCACUGAAACGAAGGAUGACAGUAAGCUGUCACCUGGAAAGUUGUCACGGGAACAGAGGAGUUACUCCCUGAACAUCUCCAUUGCACCCUUGGAUCAAAGUGGUGGGCAGGGGCGGCCAAAGAUUUUUUCCCCGUUGGCCACCGAUAUUAUGUCCCAUACUAGUGGAAGUCUGGACGAGUCUGCAGAAUACCUUCCAGUGACCACCCCAUCUGUGGAAAAGAGGCUAAAUUUCCCCCCCAUGAUUCUCGAAACCGCUCCUUCAGUUGCUACUCCCCCAUCGUCACCACCAGACGUUCCAACCAGUCCAAAGACAAGCCCUCAGUCUGAGUCGCCUGUGUUGCCUUUCCCAAUGAAGUUCAACAACAGAAAUGGUACCGUGAUGGCCCCUGACCUGCCAGAGAUGUUGGACCUAGCUGGUGUCAGACCAAGGCUGACGUCUGACAGCAGCGAUCCUGAGAUGAUGAGGAGGAAGUCUGUCCCGGCUAAUGUCCUAAUGAGUGAUUCUUUAGCUAACCUAGUGCUAGGAGAUAAAAGCCAAAAGGCGGCAAGAAGUGAGAGCCAGUUAGAAGAGCUGGGCUACUGUGUUUUUAAUGAGUACUCUGGCCCCAUGCCCUCCCCUGCUGAUGUGCACAGUCCCCUGGACUCUCCUCCCCAAAUCUUCCCCACAAUGAUGUCAGAGAAGGAUAAAGCUAUAAAGGAGCCAAUGGCAACAGAAGGGGAAAUUAAAGAAGCGCAAGACCAAAAAGACGAUGAAGAAGAAAAAGAAGCUCAAGAAAAGACAGAAGAAGAAACUGAGAUUCCCAAAGAGAAGGAGGCAGAGGAGGAUAAACUUGAAUAUGUGUCUGGAGAGAAAACUGUAUUGUUAGACGUACUUGCUGCGGAAGAUGGCAAAUCUAAACCAAUGAUCAAACCUACUGAACCACUUGAGGAAAAGCCAAAGGAUUUCAGUCUGAAGACUGGUCUGGUUAGCGAUAUCAAAGACCAAAUCAUUCCUGAGGUGGAGGAGCAAGAUCUGUCAAGAGAGGCCUCUCCUGUGCCACCAGAUAGGAUUGGGACAGAGGCUGUGGAAAAGCAGCCCGAUAGACCGGUGACACCAACUGUCACAAUCACCCUCGAUGAAACGAAGCCCGAACUAGACAGAGAUGCAAAACUAGUGACAGAGGCUGAAAUAGCUGACGCUGAAAUCAAAAUUCGUAAGUUGGAGAUGGAGAGCAGGCCUUUGAGCGUGGAGGAGGAGCGUGAGCUCCAGGAGCUGAGAGAAAAAGUGAAGGAUAAGCCGGACUUAGUACACCAGGAGGCCUAUGAAGAGGUGGAUGCUGAGGAUGUCUACCAGCUUACCGGUGUAGCAAAAGACAGAAUUGCACGACCCAUAAAACCAUCACCAACAUCAUCAGUAGAGAGUGCUACAGAGGAGGAGAAAGUGGAUAUUCAUGAACAAGAGAAGGUUCAGCAGCCUGAGAAACAGGUUUCUCUGAAAGCAGAGCCUAUGCAGGUGAAGGAAACCCCAGAGGAAAAAGCCCCAGAAUCCUCUAAAAAGCCAGAGGAACCUGCUGUAGUCACCUCUACUGUCCAGGAGGAACAGAUCGAGCAAGAGGACGAAGAUAUAGAACUGGCUGAAGAGCCUGAAGAGGUCAUGGAGGACGUCCAAGCAUUGGUAUGUCUAGGAAAGGAGGAGGAGCAUGAGAUCCCUGAAGAGGAAGAGUUAGUUGAAGGUGCAAAAGCAGCUGCUCAGGAGUCAUUGGAGCCCCGAGCCAUCAUUGAAUCAGUGGUGACCGUGGAAGACGACUUCAUCACAGUGGUGCAAACCAUUGACGAGGGAGAACAACCUGGACACAGCGUCCGUUUCUCUGCCCCACCCGAAGAUGACCAGGUACAGCUUCCCCAGGAGGAAGAGGAGGAGGAGGAGGAAGAAGAAGAGGAAUCGAUUGAAAUAGCCCAGGAAGUUGCUCUGGAGGCUCCCAGUCUGGAGGAGGUUUCAGAUGUCCCAGAAGCUCCUGAGAUGACCACCUCCCCCAUGAAGGAGGCAGCAUCAGAGGGAGAGCCACAUACAGAGACAUAUGAUGACUACAGAGACGAGACAACCAUGGACGACUCCAUCUUAGACACAGACAGCGCCUGGGCAGACACUCAAGAUGACGACAGGAGCGUUGCGACAGAGAAAAUCGAACCCCUCCCCGAAACGCAGAGUCCCGUCAGGGAGCCCCCCGAGGAAAAGCGAACGAGGGGCAAGCCGGCCGGCCGUGCGAAGGCGCGCGUCGGCACCCCCGAGCGCCGGGCCGUCCGGAGGGAGGCCAGCUCCGGCCCCCGGGACGAGAGCAGGAAGAAAAAAGCUGUGAUUAAGAAGGCCGAUCUUACUAAAAAAUCAGACUCUCAGACGCGCUCUCCCUCCCGGAAGAGCGCGUGCAGGCCCGCGGCCAGGCAGCCCAGGCCGGCCCAGCACGUCAGUGCCAAACGGAAGCACACAGUUCUAUCAGUUUCUCCAGCCAUGGCGGUGACAGAAGGCCGGCAGCCACUCAGUGUAGCCCAUAAGUCCCGGGAAAGGAUCGCAGAUGGCAGCUCGCGGAGUCCAGAGAAGAGGUCCUCCCUGCCCCGCCCGGCCUCCAUCCUGACCCGGCGAACACAGCCGGCAGACCAGGACGAGACCUCCACCUCCAUCACCAGCUCCGGAUCCACCGCACCCCGCCGCCCCACCUCGUUUCGUACGGAGGGCCGAGCGGAGCACAGGACUGGACGAGCCCCCACUAUGACAGGGAUGGACUCCUCUCGCUCGCGUUCGGCUCGCAGCGGCACCUCCACCCCCCGCACCCCCGGCUCCACCGCCGUCACCCCGGGCACCCCGCCCAGCUACUCCUGCCGCACCCCGGGCACCCCCCGCACGCCGGGCACGCCCAAGUCUCUCAGCCUGCUGCCCCAGGAGAAGAAGGUGGCCAUCAUCCGCACGCCGCCCAAGUCCCCCGCCACCACGCCCAAGCAGCUGCGCGUGCUCAACCAGCCGCUACCCGACCUCAAGAACGUCAAGUCCAAGAUCGGCUCCAUCGAAAACAUCAAGUACCAGCCCAAGGGUGGUCAGGUUGUAAUCCCCAGUGUAAAACUGGACUUUAGCCACGUUCAGUCUAGAUGUGGCUCCAUGGACAAAACGCAUUACGCUGCAGCUGGUGGAAACGUGCAAAUUCAGACCAAGAAGAUAGAUUUGAGUCACGUGACCUCCAAGUGUGGAUCACUGGACAACAUCCAUCACCGGCCAGGCGGUGGUCGCGUACGUAUCGAGAGCGUGAAAUUAGACUUCAAAGACAAGGCCCACGCUAAAGUGGGCUCCCUGGAGAAUGCUCACCACAUGCCGGGGGGAGGAAACAUAAUGAUCGAGAGCCACAAGCUGAGUUUCCGAGACGUGGCGAAGGCACGCGUGGACCACGGAGCCGAGAUCGUCGUGACCCAGUCACCUAGGCUGUCCGGCGGCACCUCUCCCCAUCGUCAUAGCAACAUGUCCUCCUCGGGCAGUAUCAACCUGCUGGAGUCUCCACAGCUGGCUACCCUGGCUGAGGAUGUCACUGCUGCGCUGGCUAAGCAGGGCUUAUGAGCGGCCCACCCCCCCCACACACCCCCCACCUCCCCCCCCCCCAAUAUCCAGCCCUCUCCCACUAAACGCCCCCCCCCCCCAACCCCACCUCUCCAUGGCACAGCAGUGGGUGGGACACCACUGAUAUCACGGUUUUGGGGAGGGGAGGUCCUGCACCACUCAUCCAUUUAAAAAAAACAAAAAACAAAAAAAAAACAGAUUUCCUCUUGGGACUAUAGUGACUGUAUCUAGGAAUGAAGCUUUCAUUUUUGAAUUAAUGUUUCUGUUCACACCAAAAUGUGGUGUUUUUUUUUUUUUGUUUGUUUUGAUUUUUCUAUGGUGUAGAUAGACAGUGCUGCCCAGCACUGAUCUGGGAUCAGUUUUGGUUAUUUGCACAAUAUGGUUGCGAUUAGAAUGAAGGGUUGGGUCGGCAGGUCCUGGAUCAGUGCCUGGGGACCCUAUCUACCCACAGCAUUUUCUAUGAUAACUAGGACGAGACAUUCCUUGCAGAACAUCUCCUUGUUCUCUGUCAGUGCAUGGACAGCAGACACAAACAUGCUAGAUCAACACGCAACAUAUAUUUAAACAAUAUAUAAAGAAAUAUACACCAGGCUAUUCGUCAGAGACAUCAUUUCAGUCAGAUUUUAAGGACGACUGACACGUACCUUUAAUAUCGCAAGACCAGAUUAUGGUAUGAUGAGCAUGUUAAAAAAAAAAAGGUCAUUUUCUAUUUAAAAAAAAAAAAAAAACAACAACAAAAACAUUUUAGUAAGUUAUUACCUCAAUCAGAGGACGAAACUAAUACUUUGUGUUUUGUAGAUAUUAGUAAUUAUGUUAAAGUUUGGCGAGUUUCAGUGGCUGCUCUGACACUGCCCACGGAGCCCCCAUUUCAGCCCUGCCUCCCUGAAACGCUAGACAGUUGGUGUUACUGCGGAUAUAUUUUAAAUGAAACCAGCGGGAGUUUUUUUCCAGCUUGAUUCGAGCUGGUUGUGCUCUCUCUCACUACUUAAAGUUACCGGUGUGACUUCCAGAGCAGCUGCAAGCACCGAAUGCCUGAACGCGCAAACUCGGUCAGGAAAGGGCGGGAAAAACUCCUGGACCGUGGUGAGCUCAGUAAUAGCGCUAUAGCUACACAAAGCAAUAGGUCAUCCUCUUUCGCUGAUGCAGACGAGCCCGAACUGCAUAAGGAGUAGAGGGACAUCAAGUGACACUAAAGUCACUGAAAUUAAAGAGUUCACUCUCCCAUGUUGGCCUUGUCAGAAGCCAUAGCUCCUGACAACUUACACAUUUACACCCAAGAUGGCUGACAGUGGACAUUUGGAGUUGAGGGCUUACAGUGAUUUCAGAAACAAUGAUACUAGAAAUCUUAUUUAAAACUAGUUGAGACUUGGGAGCAGCUUUUCUUUGGGCACUGAAAUCAUGAAAUUCUAGACUCGACUCGACUUAUUUAUUCGCAUUACACUUGUUAGGCUACGUUGGUUUUGUGUGUGCAUUUUAAGGGAUAAAAAGUCAGGAAAAAAUAUAUUUAAAAAUUGCAAAAUCGCAGAGAAAAAAAGUUAAAUCACACUGACUUAUGUUUGAUGAUGUUUCAGUGCCCUUUAUAUAUGUCCCCUUUUGUGCCAACCCUUCCAGGAAUUCCCCAGUGUCUUUGGCUUCUGUGUUUUUUCUGCACUCUCCACACGUGUAAAUGUGUAUAACAGGUCAUGUUGAUGUGCAACAGUUUUCCCACCCUGUAGAACUAAUAACACUAAUAACAUAUGCUCUUACUCAAUAAUGACUGUAAUAAAAAAAAUCAUUAGCAUGAAGUGCUUUCUGAAGCAUCCCAAA